AGCAGACAGAAGCAGCCGGAGAAGCCUUUGACCAAAAGCACCAGGGACGAGGGUGGGCUUGAACUGCUUUGUGUCGUCCGUCUGCACCUACCUUACAAGGGGGUUGUUCAUGAAGCCACCUGGAGGCUUUUUCCUUUCUGUCUGGUGGCUUAGAGCAUGGCCGUCUUGGGGAGAUUUUUCUUUCUAGGCGUCCUGUCAAAUUGCUGGGAAGGGUUUUAAACGGCAGUGAAAGCAUUUGGUGCGUGCUCACCCUGUCGCUGUUUUCUCUCCCUUUCUGGCGUGUUUCCGUCUUUCCUUCUUCUCCGGAUCAGACGCCCUUUUCCUCCUUAGCGUGCCCACCAAACCUGGCUGCGCAGCCCGAGGAUGAACGGCUGCUUUGGAUUUUUGUGUUAGUUUGGGGUUGCCACGGCGAUAGGAGAAGCGCCACGCUGGACGUCAGAGAGGAUGCUCACCGUUCCAGAGUCAACCUGGGCCAGGAUGCGUGGAAGGACUCCAUAGAGCUUUGAUGUGACCUACUUUCCCCUCGGCUUACCGCUGCCCUUUCUAGUCCCCCCUCUCUUCAGCUUUUUGCGGGAUGAAAAGGCACAAGUGAACCGUCCUUCCCAGUUUCUUUGAAAUAUAUAUAUAUUGCCCCACCCCACCUGGGAAGUUGUUCCAGCACCGUGGCACAGUGUUGGCCACCUUGUUGGAAAUGGCCACCUCGGCAGGUGUGGGAACGUGGCAACACCCCGGAGAGGAGGAAGAAGAGGAGGGAAGGGAGGAGGAAAACGAGCCUGAAGGCCGUCCAUCUCAGACCAGAGAGAGACGGGCCGGGAGACGUAUGGAUCGGUGGAACAUCUCAGGCUCCUCCGAGGAGAUGCUGGAGGACGUUGGACGUCUUGAAAGGCUGGGGGAUGACCAGGAAGAGGAUGAACUGGGCUACGACCUCAACAAGACUCAGGACCUUGAACGCCUAGGGGAGGCUGACCCUGCAAAUCUGCUCUCUGAACGUGUCAAGGAUGAUGAAAACAUAGAAAGCCUAGGUUCGGUUUCUCACUGGCACCCACAUGAAGGCAGUUUUGAGGAACACGAGAAGCCAGAAGAGGCGUGGGACGACAGCAGCGAGGGUGAGCCCCACCUGGAGCUGUCCUACGAGGGCCGAUGCCUUUCAGAUUUCAGCCCCAGCCCUGAACCGAUGAAAGAUCCUCUGGCUUUACAUAAACAUGGCAAACCCUACAGCUUUAACUCGGAGGGUGAGGAGGAAGAAUUUUUAUCAGAGAAUUCCAACCUCACGUCUUCUCCUUCCGGAUCUCCUCCAGAGCGUCCCUGCUUCAAAACAGCUGUGGUUGGAACCCGGGGCCGAGAAGGUGACAGCCAGGAGUUUGUUGAAGAGAGAGGAUUCUCCUCUGAAUCUGGGACGAGCCCAAAGGGUUAUGGGCCCCCUUCUCUGGCAGGUUCCGUACAAUGGAGUUGCAGCCCGUUGGGCCGCCUCUCCUUAGAAGACUUCCAGAAUUCUCCCACCAUGGAUUCUGAGGCGUUCCCGGGAGACUCCUGGAUGGAGAACUUGGCCCAUCCUCAAGGGAACGGCCUCAAAAUGGCCACCAGCAUCACAGUCCAGGACCCUCAAACCCCAGCGAUGCCCAAGGAGAAACAUCGGGAUGCGAGCGAGGCAACGGAAGAUUCUCGGGCCCUGAAGAAGACACGGGACCACCAUCCACCAGGAAGAGCACGCAAGCCGCAAGCCGACGUCCGGCGCGGGCUUCCGGCCAGAUUCAGACGGCAGUCGAGGUCCCUCAGCCCUCAGAGGACCCCGUUCCGGAGAAAAGCCGGAGAGCUCGGGUCGAGCGACUCGAUCCGAGCGCGCCGUUCGCCCCUGGCCGGGAGCGACUCCGUGCCCUACGGCCGUGGGCAGCUCAACUAUCCCCUCCCUGAUCUGUCCAAGGUGGAACCUCGUGUCCGCUUUCCCAAGGACCCCCAAGGCUACCACCCGCCCCGCGGAAAGACCCUCCCGGCCAAGUCCAAGGAUUCGGGGAAGCCGGUCAUCUUCAAGUCUCCUGCCGAGAUUGUCCGGGAGGUGUUGCUGAGCAGCGGGGAGGGGCCCCUCCCGAAAUACCCAAGCGCUGCAGUCUCUGUGAUUCCAGAGGAGCUGAAAUCCCCACGGCAAGCCACAGAGCUGAUCUGUCAGCUUCAGGAGGACUAUCGCAAACUGCUGACCAAGUACGCAGAAGCGGAGAAUACCAUCGACCGCCUGCGGCUGGGUGCAAAGGUCCGCCUCUACGCCGACCCUCCGAAGCCUAGCCACGAGGUGCAGAUGGGGGCGGUGUCGCACCCCUCCAAGGUCAUGACCUUUAGCAUCCCUCAAAUCCGGGCAGCUGAGAUCACGGGGAAGCCGGGACCAGCUCCGGACGUUGCCGUGAACCCAGGGUUUUCUGGACCGCAAGGAGACUCCGCUUCUCUCCUUGAUCCCGAAGACACCGGUGCCCGUGGAGAGGAGGACGUCCCCUCCCCAGAAAAACCUUUCUCCGGAGAAGAGUUGACUUCGGCGUUGGCUGCUCAGGCGAGCAAAUUCCGGAAGCAGGUGGAGUCCUUGGAAGAGUUAAUUCGCGCCGGGAGGCUGGCACCUCAGGACCAGCUCAAGGGCUUGGCCCAAUUAAAGGGAGCCCAGGAGGCGCUCGAACAGGCGUACCUGCGGGCACGAGAGGAGCACCGCCGGCGGCGGCAGAAAGACCAGGAACCAGAAAGGGCGCUUGGCGAUUUUGAUCCCAGUCGGGCCCUGGAAGGAGAGAUUUUCCGUCAGGGAACACAGUUGGAGGAACUAAAGGAGAGGAUUGAACAGGCGGCAAGGAACCCGCCCGCUGCCUGGGAUGGCUUUGAAGCAGCCUCUCCACCUGCCGCCCGUUUUCCAGCACAAGAUCCUGGGGGGCCAACGGGAUCGCCAGCACCGUCUCCUCAGGCCCCCGUCCCGGACAGGCACACUCCCUACCCUGAGGCUGCCCUUCCAGAAGGCAGCUGCCACGGAGACCAGUUGGACCUGGAAGCCAGCUCCAUCAGCGAUGAGCCUGCGGAGGAUGGGGAGGGGUUACCCGAACCCCUCCGGCACAUGCAGCACCAAGUGGAGAAUGACUUCCGUCACCUCCUGGACCGGACUAUCGGGAGAUACCCAAUCUUCACCAAGUACAGGUCUUUUGUAAAGUUAAUGGAUCUUAGUUGCCCACGCAGCAUUGUACUUGCUCCAGAACACAACAAGGACGUCUCGCAAACCAAGCCGAGCAGUAUCAGGGAGGAACAGGUCUUUUGUAAAGCUUAUGGGUUUCAUUUUGGGCGAGCUCAGGAAUUGCAGGCAGAGGGGGGCCUCGAAAAACUCACCUCCGGCAAAUCAUACCACGAAGCAGCAGAGGGCGGUUUGCUUACAUUUCCCGUAACUCUUCUCUGCAGCUACAGCAGUUUCAAGUCUUUACCGGGGUCCUUAAGCUUUGAGCAACUUCCCUCGGAGGGACGGGAGCUCUCGCCGGAGGGAGUGGACGGGUCGCCUGCAGAGGACGCUAGGAGGAAAGAUGUCUUUCUCCGGACCAUGUUGAAAAACAAGGGGGCACAAAGGUCACCCUCGCCCGUGAGCAGGGAGCCCCAACCGAGAGAUGCUCCUCGGCGUUUGCCAAGGAAAUCCCAGCGGAUGUUCUACCGGGUCAACCCCGUGCCGGAUGCCCAGACGGAGGUGCUCGUUUCUCAAGAGUCGGCCGAGACGAGCAGGAACUCUGUGUUGGCACCUGAGAGGCCACCCAGAAGACAAUUCGAACAUCUCUCGCCUCUGAGCAGCAUGGCCAGCAUUGCAGGGAGCUCUGUCUCCGGAAGCAUCGCCCAGAAGCCCUUCCGGAAGACAAACACAGCAUUGCCAGAGAGUCCUCUGGUGCCCUCGGGAGCACGUGCAGAACCAUCAGGCGAUGCCGGAAAGUCCAACUUCAAACAUGAUCUCCGCAUGGUGUCCCCGGAGACGGACAGCGGGUUCAUGGGAUCGGAAGCCAGCCGGAUGUCUCCCCUGGCACAGACGCCGAAGCACCACACCGCCCCUUCGAGGUCCCAUGGCACGCUGGGGAAGGGGACUGCCGCCGGAGCGGCUGCCUCGAUGGGACCUCGGAGGGACGUCUCCCAUGCGGUGGAACGGCCGGAGGAGGAGGAGGAGGAGGAAGAGGAGGUCUUGCCGAGGCUCACCUUCCCAGCGGCUGGCCUGCCGGCACAACGCCGAGCCGAGGGACGCUCCUUCCAUGCCAGGGCCCCUCCUGGAUGGACCGACGGGAUUGUCAGUGAGGUGGAACCCAGUGGAGAGAGCACUCACACGGACUCGGAGGCCGAGGCUCAGGAUGGGCUCCGCAAUUACGCCCCUGCUCCCAAGGACCUGGUGCGCCCUCCCGGACCUUCGGCUGCUCUUUUCUUUUCCCCAGCCCAAAGGCCCUGCUCCGCCUUUCUUGACUCCCGGUUGGAAAGAGACCGGGCGAUUGCCGCCUUGCAGAGCGAAGUCUUGCAGCUGCGUCAGAGUCUGGAGGAAACCCUCUGCCGACCCCACAGUCCUCCAAAACAUCCAUCCUCCCCGCAUGCCUUGAGGCACCAGAUGUUGCGCCAGGUUGGGGCCAAACAGAGGCGCAAAACCUCGGGCAGCCGCGUGACCAACUCGGAGCCGCCGUCUCCCAUGCCCAAACCAGAAGGGUGGACGAAGCGGGCGUCUGUACCCUCGAGUGAGACCCAGGAAAAUCUCGCUCCUUCCGAAUCGAACUGCUCAACACCAAAAUCCCAGAAAGGAACACGGCCGGAGAUUUGCGUUUCUAGGGCAAAAUCCUCCAAGCAAGCCCUCCUGCGCGGGCCUUACACGGGCGCCCGGUACCCCUUUCCAGCCCCUGAGGCCUCGGAAACACCUCCUGUCGGAGGCCUCACCCGCUGCGGCCGUUGCCAAGAAAUCAGCUCUCGGCUCGGAGAAGGACCCGCAAGCAAGGAAGGUCGUGGCCCCUGGCGGGAUUCAGUCCAGACCGCCCAGCGCUCCCCGCGCAAGGAGGGAGAAGCAAAAGCGUAUCUCCUGUGCCAGGAGGGAGGGAAGCCGAGCAGCCACGUUCAGCCAGCCUCGGACCGUGGCAAGAAGCCACCGCCAGCCCACCCCUCUGGAGCACCGCGGGAACUCAGCGAGCCCCUUGCGGCACAACCGCCGGGCCCGUGGAAGGCAGCUCCCUCAGCACCGGCUGCGGCCCUACAUUAUCUCCCCACGGCCCCUGUGGUGGCCUAUCCGCUGUCCUCCCUCAUCUACUGUCCUCUGCUCGCAACUACCUCGUCCGCUUCCCCAGCUGGCCUUCCCACUUACGAUGCCCGCAGGUUCCAGGCCCCGGAGCUGAAAACUUGGGCCUCUCGGCCGGAGCCAUCAGAUCGCCGGGGCACCCUGAUGUUUGGUGGCGGCCUGCGGGACCUCAACCGCUCGCUGCGCCGUGCCGUGGACGCGGCCAAAGACAUGAAGGCGACCACCCAACAGAUGAGCCGGUCUUUGGCUUGGGAACUGAGCAAGGCGAAACAUCUGCGGAGAUCCUGCCUCUUCUGAUGGGAGAAGUAGGCCACCCCCCUUUCUUUCUGCGGCGCUCGGCGAGACCCCUGAGAAACAGGGAAUUGAGAUGCCUAACCCCUAUUGCAGAGGAGAACUUGGGAUUCCUCCACGUUCGGGAGGAACAUUUUGGGGUGGCCAAGAAUCUGAAGCAUCGUGGAAGCUUGAAAGAGGGAUCCCGGAGAGAGCAGGUUCAUAAACUGCAUUUGCCUUGCACUUCUGUAAGGAGACGGCCGGGAGUCGCCUCUAAACCUCGGUCCUGCUCUUCCCCGUUCCCUCCUGACUGAUCUGGAACAAGUCACAAGAUUUCCUCUUUCCCGGAAGCUCUUCCGCUCACCUCGUGCCUCUUCUCAAGCACAGAAAGGCAAAAGCGUCUGCAAUUUUAGGACUGAAAUACGUCCUUUCGCUUUCACGGGGCAAAAAUGAGGAAAGGGCAGGAAAUUGUGGCUGCUUUUCGGUUCUUAAAAAAGUGGCCACCAGAAGGGCCUGUAGUCCGGUACGUGUGUCUAACGUUGACCAAGGACCUGCGAAUCUUCAUAACCGCCCUGCGUUUCCCAGCGUUGGGUCCUUCACACUCUGAAGUGGUCGAGUCGUGCCGUCUCUUCCCGGACACGUUUUUUCUCUCCUUACCUCAAUUGUUAUUAUGCCUUAAGUCUUCAGACCCCAGCUUGUCGGAAGAAAGUCGGACCCGAUCCGUCAUGAAACAGCUUCACCUGUUGCACGGAGUUGAUGAGUCAGUCCGGCUUAAUCUGGCCAGCCUAUUUUUAUAAAAGGAAUCUGGAAAACAGGAAGAAGCAACUGGACGUUUCUCCAGGGCUGUGGAAUAACUUCUGCUUUAUCCGUCUCCUCCCGAUAAAGCCGUCUUGGAACCAGCGUUGCCCGACACUGCGUCCUCUCGGAGGAAAGUCGGCUUUCUCUAAUGCUGCUGGUCCAUGGGUGACAACUUCUGUAAAUCCAUGCCUAGGAACUGAAAUGUGCUGGUUGCACGUCAUCGGUAAAACUCCCCACUGGCUGUAAAAGUGCUUGUAUUGACCCUCUAAAACCAGAGAGCAUAUCCGUAGCAGUACCUACCUCACGUCUUGUGUGUGUCUGUGUGCGAGCAGAAAAAGGAAGACUGGAUCGUUGUUUUUUUAAAAGACCCAUUCAUUCUGAACCACAUGUUGUGUCAGUCCAAAGACUUGUACGAAUAUAACUAGUGCCUGGUGGUAGAUUUUUUUAAAAAAAAGCAUUCCGAUGUGGGGUUUUUUAAAGUAAUAAUUCUGAGAGUUUCAUUAAUCUUAUUUAAAUCUGCAGAGAGAUCAAAGCUGUAUAGUCUUUUUGGAGCUGGAGAGAACAAACCUUUUAGACGAGGGCAUCGCCCCACAUCUCCUUGUGAGUGAGAAAGACAAACUAGAUCUUCUAAGAAAGUGCAUACCGCAUGCCAGUUUUGCAGUUGCAUUAAAAAAAUGAAGAUUUUUUUUAAA